UGUUUACCAUGCUUCACACACAUUAGGGGAUGAUCUGACGGGUGGAAAUCACAGCCAGCAGGUCGAAACGUUACCUCCGAGCUGCGAGCGGCUACAACCCCCUUUCUCCAGAUCUGCGCCGCGUCAAGGAUUUAACCUGCAGGAUAUUUACUGGUACCAACGCAGGAUUUGCACUUUGGGAUUACAGGCCCACGGAUCUUUAAAACAGCGCUGUUGUUAGAGCAAAACGGAUGACAGUGCGGUGGUUAGAGAUGGGAGAGGGUUUGGAGCCUCUCUCCCCUGUAGGAUGGUAGCCGACAGCACAGUGGAAGGCCAUGACAAGACUCACUUGUCAAGCUCAUCGUCAUCGUCAUCAUCAUCAUCAUCAUCCUCAUCCUCAUCCUCAUCCUCAUCAUCCUUUUCCUCAUCCUCGUCCUUCUCUUCAACAUCUUCCUUAUCCUCAUCAUCGUCACUCCAUACAGAGUCAGAGCAGCUUCAGCAUCGUGCUCCAGAGCCAACCCGUAGGGCUAACUAUCUGACCCACUUCCCCACUUUCUCCUGCAAGGAGGACUGCAAGAUCAUCACAGACACAGCGGCCAAGCUCGAGCGCAGCGGCUUCUACUGGGGACCUCUAGGAGUGGAGGAAGCCCAUCGCAUGCUGAGGGACGCUCCGCUGGGCAGCUUCCUCAUCCGUGACAGCCGGCAAAAAGACAUCUUCUUCACACUGUCCUACCACGCCGAGGGCGGGCCGGUCAGCGUGCGCAUCGAGUACAAGCAGCAAAAGUUCUCACUGGCAGGCAACAAGCACUCCUUCCCAACGCUUUUUGCCCUGUUGGAGCAUUACACCAACUCUCCCAAGAAAAGUCUGAGCAUCCCAUACAGGAAAUGGGAGCCAUCGCUGCAGGAACUGUGCAGGAAGCGCAUUAUGGAGCUCUGUGGCGGAGGAAGCCGGGUUUCAGAGCUGCCAGUCACCCAUGUUGUCCAAGACUUCUUGUUGGAAUUCCCUUACAAACUAUGAGCAGCUUACCAUGUAAAAUCUUGACAGUAUUGUUUUUUAUUUCAAGGCCAGUUGUACCAACUAACAGUACGCUGGAGGAGUUUGUAAAGCCUGUCCACCAUGUGUUGAAGUUUAAGACUGCAUUUCCAUGGUUACAUAUCAAGU